CACGAGACAUGAGGGUAGACGAACAAUUACGAUAGCCCAGGACAGACGCAAAUAUGAGCACAACGUACAACCUCGAGCCGAAUCCGACGGCCAAAGUGGUCCUCCACACCACCACAGGCGACCUUGAGCUCGAGCUCUUCGCAAAGCAAACACCCGUCACAUCGCGCAACUUCCUGCAGCUAUGUCUCGACGGAUACUACGACAACACCGUCUUCCACCGCCUAGUCAAGGGCUUUAUUCUACAGGGAGGAGACCCGACAGGUUCGGGGCAAGGCGGCGAGAGCAGCUAUAAUGGCGAGCCCUUCGCCGACGAGUUCCACACUAGGCUGAAGUACACGAGGAGAGGCCUGCUCGGCAUGGCGAACACGGGGAAGGACGACAAUGGCAGCCAGUUCUUCUUCACUCUGGCCGCUACUCCGGAGCUACAGGAGAGAAACACCAUGUUUGGAAGGAUCGCCGGCGACACUAUCUACAACUUGAUGAAAAUGGCAGAGGCAGAGCUUCGCGAGGGUAGCGAGGACCAGCCCAUGUAUCCAACGAGGAUUACUGGCGCCGACAUCAUCAUCAACCCAUUCGAGGAUAUGGUCAAGAGAGCAAGGGUGGCCGAGCGGACAGAACCAGAGGCCAGGAAGCCCAAGAAGCCCAAGCGGAAGGCUGGCAAGAACGUACUCAGCUUUGGAGACGAGGAAGAGGCCGAGUCGGCGCCUGUUGCAAAGAAAGCAAAAUACAAUACUAAACUUGUUAGCGCGGAUCAAGAGCCGCCAAAACCCAAAGCACCGGAGCAGGCCAAGGCUAUUCCAAUCCGCAAACAAUCCAGAAAAUCUCCGUCAAGGUCUCCAUCACCCAAACCGGCACAGAAUUCAGCACCAAAAUCACCGCCGCAGGAGAAAGCACGCCCCCCACCUCCGCGGGAGUUAUCUCCAGAGUCUGAGAAGCGAUUGAAGCUGGACCGUGUGAACGCACAAAUUGCAGAACUCAAGGCAUCCAUGAAGCGGAACACAGCAGCUCAGGAUACAGAACCAACCAAAAAGAAGUCUUUGCUAGAGUCUAUGGUACCGACGUCCACAACGCGGGGGCGGAAACGAGGUGCGGGUGGCAACACCGCCCAAGAACAGGCAACGCUAGAUAUUUUGUCCAAAUUCAAGUCGAAACUGGAUUCAGCAGAACCACCCACAGCACAAAAGGCCAAAUCACCAGCCCCGCCGGCAGAUAUCUCGAAUAGCAAUGGUAAUAGCGACACGAAUCCCAGCAAACCAAGUGAGGAGGAGGAGGCUUGCGAUCUUCACUUCAUAGUAGGCUGUCAGUCAUGUAAGGCCUGGGAUAGGCAGGAUGAAGAGGAGUCAGACGACGAUGCUGGUUGGAUGGCGCAUUCACUAAGCUUCGCAAAAGAUAGAUUAGGCAAAGACUUGGAGUGGAAACGGAAAAACGAAGAGGAUUUGCUCGUCAUCGACCCCCGGGAGGAGGCAAAGCGCCACAAAGCUGAAGUGAAAGGGAAGAGGGAGUGGGACGAUGCUAAAGGAAAGAAGAACCCUACCAAGGCAUAGGCAAAGCGCACUUAACAUUUAAUUGUAGGCAUAUGAUGCCCUAGCUUCUGGAUCCGUUUGGACACCUCAGGACGAGGCUGGGCUAGAUAUGCCGAGUUUUCGUGGAACCAAAUUAUUCCGACUUCCUAUCACUAAUCCUAUGCUGGCCUGGAUCCGUCGAUGCAAUGAUAAGCGUGACAAUUGCAUAAGAGACGAGUCUUCUUUACCUUGGCAUAUAAGAAGUACUUGCACAGCCAAUUUCAAGGCACUUAAGAGCGAUUAUGCCUGUGCUAGUUCUAACAUAUGUGCAAGAAAUAGUAGGUAUGUAAGCAGUAUAAAAGUAAAGAAUAGCUUAGGCC